CGUAACAUCAGGAUGCUAUAAUGAAACCCCCAAGCUCUGUCGACUCUGAUGGACAAGAUGCUAUAGCUCAGGGACAUCAAGGUACCGGGUCACAGUCUGCGAAAAGACCACGCCCUCGUUAUUCAUCGUCACGAUGGGGUCGUCCUAGUCCCAAGGGCUCUCUUAUGGGCAUCAUCCAGGAACAUUUGCACCUCCGACUCUAUGUUGACCCGAUCCUCUGGACACCGCAUCAUAUUGAACUUCUCAAUGUCUCCGUCAUGCCCUCGACCUUAGGCCCACCCCACCGACCAACUUGUCCAAGGUGCAGUUGCUGUGGCAGGGUGAUCACAGGUAUUCUCAACCUACUCAGGUUAUAUCCCUACCGCACCGAUCACAACCUUGCACGCCUUAUCCGAACCACAAUUGAUUCGUUUAACCUUUCAUCGGGACCCCCCCUCUUCCGAGUCUGCAAACACCACAAGCUGCCUUUUUACUUCGGCGGCAAAAAGCAAUGUUGGGUCCUGCUGCCGCUCCUGGUCCGUGAUAUAUCCUCGGGGGUCCCUUUGGUUGCUUUCACACAUGAAACUGAACGAUCCGCCGUAUUUGAGGCACGCUAUCCUCGGCGUGAUGUGACUAUACAGGCUCGGAUUCUAGCAGCAGUGGUAUCGGAAAUCAACCCUCACGACGUUGCGAUUUUGAUUGCGAUGGCACAGGAUACACAACGAGCCCAACCCAAGCCCCCCGGUCAGGGGCCAGCUUUCUUCACACCUACCCUUAUCACCCCGACCCCGGAUCGCGAAGCCCUCUACGUCUACCGUGCCACGAUCUCCUCCGAUUACCUCGAAUCCUUCGCCGACAUACACAAGCCCCUAGUAUGCGGGAUUCGUAUACUCCGAACUACAAUACCGUUCAACGAUCCAGCUGUGUUGCUGGAUACUCUUGGCCAAAUAUUAAACAUUCAUCAACGAUUAGAGUCAGCCAGACGUUCUAGGCUGAUCCGCAAUAAAGAGAACCCCAUACUGAAGCGAUCUUUUGACGGGGAAGAAAUUUCUCAUCCUGUUAAACGACAGCGUCACGCCAGAUCACCGCUUGCUGAUAUGUCAGCUCCAAAUCAAAGUGCGGGUUGAAAGAGCUAUAUCCUGGCUCUGACCUUUGGGUCAGUUAUUCUACGCCGUUAUACUAUAGGCAGUGGUACAUAUACGGAUAUUGGCAUCCGUAACGGAUAUAGGACUCAGGCAAUAUCAGAACUGCAAGGCUGUUGAGUCACCAUGGAGAUGAAUUGCGGUGACUGGCUAGGGCAGAAACUGAUUAAGUCAAGGGCUGUGUUCAAAAGUGCAGAUUGGGUCCAGGUCCCUGAAGCCAAGAACAAGCAGUAUCAGUAAGUCGCGUGAGUGGUCUCUGGCAGCUGUAUUUAAUUCCCACGUCCAUGUAAUCGGAUUUUAGCAGGAAAAGAAUACAAAUAGCACAGUUGAGCCUAUUUCUAGAGCAGAAACCUUUCUAGUUCAG